CUGACUCGCUCCUCACGCAGAGGAAAUGAGCGGCAACCACAGAAGAAGACGUCCCUAUGAACUGAACUGAAUGAAUGAAUGUGCUAGGCUGAUACAUCACUUGCUUUUAAUUCAACAGAUUUGUUUAAAGACUACUGAAGGGCACUGUUUGGAGUGGUAAUGUCAGGUAUACCUCCAGACACAUGGCAGCCGCCAACAGUCGCCCUGGAGACGACGAUGGGGACGGUUGUGUUGGAGCUGUACUGGAAACAUGCACCAAAGACCUGCAAGAACUUCGCAGAGCUGGCCAGAAGAGGCUACUACAACAACACAAAGUUUCACCGAAUAAUCAAAGACUUCAUGGUGCAAGGAGGAGACCCUACAGGAACAGGUCGCGGUGGUGCCUCCAUAUUUGGUAAACAGUUUGAGGAUGAGCUGAACCCAGAACUGAAAUUCACAGGUGCCGGUAUUCUGGCGAUGGCUAAUGCAGGACCGGACACAAACGGAAGCCAGUUCUUCCUCACUCUUGGACCCACUCAGUGGUUAGAUGGAAAGCACAGUAUUUUUGGAAGAGUAUACCAGGGGAUGGGAGUGCUGAACCGGAUUGGGAUGGUAGAGACAAGCGGUCAAGAUCGGCCGGUCGAUGAUAUCAAAAUCGUCAGAGCAAGUGUACCCAAUUAGACAAAUACAGAUAUUAUCUUUUACAUUGGCUUUUUUUUUUUUUUUAAAUAAAUGUUUGAUAAAUGUU